GUCUUUACGGUGCAACAUUGUCUCGGCAAGCGACGUCUCUCCAGCGUGGCACUGUCCGUGAAGAAGAGUAGACUAAUGGGCCGUUUUUAGCGGAGGAAAGCUGGUUUAAUUUGACGAAAUAUACACAGUGAGAAGUCGUAUGCAAGGCGCUUGAGGAUCUACGCACUCAUAUCAGUGAUUAAUCGCAGGAUUUUGGUUCAUUUCUCGACGGGCCCGGAUACAGCUUGAUACCGAGAGAGAGACUCAACUCAGGUCCUUUCGUCCUGACAUGGACACAGGAAUUGUACCCGAAAAGAAAAGGGUGAGCUCGGAGCGGAGGAAGGAGAAGUCAAGGGAUGCGGCACGAUGCCGGCGUGGCAAGGAGUCGGAGGUGUUCUACGAGCUGGCCCAGCAGCUGCCCCUGCCCCACAGCGUCAGCUCCGGCCUGGACAAGGCCUCGAUAAUGAGGCUCACCAUCAGCUACCUGCGCAUGAGGAAACUGCUCAAUGCUGCAGAUGAGCCAGUGGCAGAUGAGGAAACAGAGCUUGAGAUACAACUAAACAGCUCCUACCUAAAGGUUCUCGAUGGCUUUCUCAUGGUGCUGUCUGAAGACGGAGAUAUGAUCUAUCUCUCUGAGAAUGUCAACAGGUGCCUGGGGCUGGCACAGUUUGACCUGACUGGACACAGUGUGUAUGACUUCAUACAUCCCUGCGACCAGGAAGAGCUGAGGGAGAUGCUGAUCCACAAAAUAGGCUCCAAAAAGACCAAGGAACCAAACACAGAGCGCAGCUUCUUCCUCCGAAUGAAGUGCACUCUCACAAGCAGAGGCCGCACUGUCAACGUCAAAUCAGCUACAUGGAAGGUGCUCCACUGUGCAGGUCAUAUCCGUGUAUAUGACAACCAUGUUGAGGACACUUCCAAUGGGCACAAGGAGCCACCUGUCCCCUACCUGGUUUUGAUCUGUGACCCCAUCCAACACCCUUCCAACAUCGAGGUCCCCCUGGACACCAAGACAUUUCUCAGCCGCCACACAAUGGACAUGAAGUUCACGUAUUGUGACGAGAGGAUCACUGAGCUCAUGGGUUAUGAUCCAGACGACCUGUUGAAUCGCUCUGUGUAUGAGUACUAUCACGCUCUGGACUCAGACCAUCUUACCAAGACUCACCACAACUUGUUUGCAAAGGGCCAGGUCAGCACAGGCCAGUACCGGAUGUUGGCUAAGAGGGGAGGCUUUGUGUGGGUGGAAACACAAGCCACUGUCAUCUACAACAACAAGAACUCCCAGCCACAGUGUGUUGUCUGUGUCAACUUUGUGCUCAGUGGCAUCCAGGAGGAGAAAAUGAUCUUUUCUCUGGAGCAAACUGAGGAUGUGAAGCCAGUGAAGGAGGAACAGGUGGGGGAAGAAAGGGUUGUAGUUGAGAGCAGCCAGCCCGACAUGUCUCCAACCUUGCUGAAGGAGGAGGAGGAGAAAGUUCCAGAGCUGGAUGUGAUCAGACUGUUCACUCAGGCGGUAGAGGCCCAGCCUCUGGUUAGCCUGUAUGACCAGCUGAAAGAAGAGCCAGAGGCCCUGACCCUGCUGGCGCCAGCUGCUGGAGAUGCCAUCAUCUCCCUGGACUUCAGCUGCCCUGAUUCGGAGAUCCAGCUACUGAAGGAGGUGCCUCUCUACAAUGAUGUAAUGCUUCCCUCUACCAGUGACAAGCUGGCUCUGCCUCUUUCCCCUCUGCCACCCAGCGAGCCUCUCGAUGUCACCACCACCAGCUCUGAGGUUGCCAAAGCUGAGAGCUUUGCUCCAGCUCCUUCCACAACAUCGACCAGCCACAGCUCCUCAGAGACCGACAGUUCGCUGGACUUUUGUUUCCCCAUGGACUCAGAGAUGAGCUCAGAUUUCAAACUAGACCUGGUGGAGAAGCUGUUUGCCAUUGAUACAGAGCCGAAGACCCCCUUCAGCACACAGGCAAUGGAUGACUUAGAUCUGGAGAUGUUAGCGCCCUACAUCCCCAUGGAUGAUGACUUCCAGCUGCGCAGUCUGACCCCAGAUGAGCCUCUUUCUUGUGGGUCAGUCAAAUCCCUCCAGAGUUCUCCAGUCCACGUCACGCAGGACAUCCACAGCUAUCCCAGCUCCCCAUUCAGCGCACCAAGCAGUCGCACAGCUUCCCCAGCACCACUUAGCGCCCGCCAUCCUGUCACCAUCGUUACUAAGAGGACCCCACAGCUGGACAAAGAAGUCUCGCUCAGGACUCUGGCAGCUCAAAACGCACAACGCAAAAGAAAACUGGAUGACGUAAAAGAGAUGAUUGAACAGGAGACUUUGCCCAAGGAGCAAGUGGAGAAGGGCAAAAAGCUGAAGCCCUCAGAGUCGGGAACAACCAGGACCAUACUUCUGCUGCCUACAGAUGUGGCGAGUCGUCUGCUGGGCAGCACAGCGGAGGGCACCAGCUCCCUUUUCACCCUGCCACAGCUUACCCGCUACGACUGCGAGGUCAACGCCCCCUUGCAGGGUCGCCAGUACCUGCUGCAGGGGGAGGAACUGCUGCGCGCUCUGGACCACGUCAAUUGAGUCAAUGCUUAGCCUGCUCACUGCUGGACUAGACUGGACACUACAAUUUCCUCCCUCAUAUUGUCACUCCCUCUCCACGACCCCUAACCUCACCCCCACUGCCCCUUAUUUAUGUAUCUGUAUGAGUUUGACUAUAGUCUGGCUGCUGUUUGUGCACCCCAUGUGAUAUCUGCAGCAUUCCACCGUGACAAACACCAUAGCAGCAUCUGGGUUUUGGUGCAAGGGAUUCAGACAUCAUGAGAUGUCCAAAUUGUCGUGUUUUUUUGUUUUGUUUUGUUUUGUUUCCUCUCUCUUCCGGGGAGUCUCUCAGCACACAACGCCUCGACAGAUGACCCUUUUCCAGCAGGUCACCAGACCCUGGCGCUACUGCCAGCAGUGUAUUGUAAGCUUCAGUCGCACAAUUUAUAUUUUCUUAAAAAGAAAAAUAUUACCAGCAAUAUAUAUUAAGCCUUUUUAAAGUCGUUUUAAUGGGAUUUGAACAAUUUUAUUUUUCCUCCCAUACUUGUAUGUUGUAGUACUCGUACCUAACAAGAUGUCUUUAGUCCAGAAGUAUGAACAUAUUGUUUAAGCCUUAGGUGGUUUGAAUGUUAUCUCCAUUUACUAGCUAUCAGUCUUUGAGGUAAAUGCAUUUAAUUGUGUAGCAGUCCAGUACAUGUCACUUUAUUAUUUUACUGUAAGUGUGUGUUACUGUACAUAUACCAGGGAAAUUUUAAUUUACUCAAUAUGGCUCCACGGCGCUGACUCUUGCUCUCAAACUGAAAUCUGAGAGCAGCAGCUUCACUUCUCUUUGUUUGCUCUCUAUCAUGGAUGAUCAGCAUUUUUCUCUUAACAUGAAGUGAAAUCAUGUUUUUGGUUUUUACUGUGCGUGACAUACUCAAAAACAGUCCUUUUAAAAUAAGUGGGAUAUUCUGAUACUUGUGUGAUCAUUGUCAUCGUUCUAGCACUCGUGAGUUGUCAAACUUGUUUGCUCAGUUAACGGUAGUCUGUUUAUACCAUUGAUCCAUGCCAUAUUGUUGGGUCUCUCAUGCUUCCUGUUGCCGUCUAACAUUAAAUGGCUUUAAUAAAGUA